UCAGUCUGGCGCUCUCUCUCUCAGCUCUCCUCUCCGCGCUGCCUUCCUCAAUCCUCCUCCUCAAACUCCAGGCGUCCGGACCAAAAACUGCCACAUUCCCGAGGACAACUCUCAACUUUCUGCUCAUGAACUUUACAUUCCUUCAGAUCAGGAGAAACUUUUGGACCUCACCUGGACACCCUCACUUCCUGGUUAUAUAACCUUUGUUGCACUUGAACGAAUCCUUCACAUUCCAAAGACUUUGGCCCCGGACGGAGAUCGCUAUAUCUUUUUUUGUUGGGUCUUUUUCGAUCUUCAAAGCCGACGAUCACAGGCGUUACCGCAACAUUCCGCAUAGACCGAAUAAUCAGGGAGCAGCAGUGUACGUGUUCUACUUUUUGCACAACUUUUAAGUAGUCUUAACUGUUUGUGUGGCUAUUUUUCUACGUGUAUUCUUAAGUUAAGUGCGUAAAAGAGUGAAGAAUGGCAGGUGUGACCUCCCUGGAUGCGGUGAAGAGGAAGAUCCAGUGUUUGCAGCAGCAGGCCGACGAGGCGGAGGACCGGGCGCAGGUCCUCCAGAGAGAGCUGGACAGUGAACGGGAGGUCCGAGAGAAAGCAGAGGGAGAUGUAGCAGGCCUGAACCGUAGGAUCCAGCUGGUGGAGGAGGAGUUAGACCGAGCCCAGGAGAGACUGGCCACAGCGCUGCAGAAGCUGGAGGAGGCCGAGAAGGCUGCAGAUGAGAGCGAGAGAGGGAUGAAGGUGAUCGAGAACCGAGCGAGUAAGGACGAGGAGAAGAUGGAGAUUCAGGAGAUGCAGCUGAAGGAGGCCAAACACAUUGCAGAGGAGGCUGACCGCAAAUAUGAGGAGGUGGCUCGUAAGCUGGUGAUCCUGGAGGGAGAGCUGGAGAGAGCCGAGGAGAGGGCCGAGCUCUCAGAAUGUAAAGCCAGUGACCUGGAGGAGGAGCUGAAAAAUGUGACCAACAACCUGAAAUCCUUAGAAGCCCAGUCUGAGAAGUACUCAGAAAAGGAAGACAAGUAUGAGGAAGAGAUCAAAGUGCUCACUGACAAACUGAAGGAGGCUGAAACCCGUGCAGAGUUUGCAGAGAGGACAGUGGCCAAACUGGAAAAGUCCAUCGAUGACCUGGAAGAGAACUUAUCAAGAGCCAAAGAGGAGAAUCUGGGCAUGCACCAAGUCCUGGACCAGACCCUGCAGGAACUGAACAGCUUAUAAACACACAGAGAGGAAACUGCAGAGGACGAGAUCGUCACGUCACAUUCCAUUAGAUGUUCGACUCCAUUCCACAGUUCGAGCUGUAAAAUCUCCCCCCCCCCCUCCCCCCCAUGUACCAGGGGGAUUAACUUAAUGCUUGUCCCUUAAAGUUUUUUUUUUUCUAAGGCACAACUUUUUUUCUUUAAUUUUUGGGGGGAUGGGAAGUCGUUUUGAAACCAUCACUUAUUUUUUUUUAUCUCCAGCUGCGAUUACAGAAAUGUUUUUUUGACCACUCGUUUAGAAAAGAACUGGCAAAUUAAAACACCCAAAGAAACCUCAGAUUCGGUCAACCACUUAAACUGGCUAAUUUUUCCCAUUUUAUAUGCACAUACAUUAAAGCCUCUGUCUGAUUAUUAUUAUUACACAGGUUACAGAUGGUGCUAGGGGUUCUCUCAGUCUGCACAAGUGUGGCUCUGAAGUGCCACCCAGUGGUGGCUUAAAGUCAUGAAGUUUCUGAUCAUGUUCUAACUCCUGAGGAGGCUACAAUCAACUUGUCUGUCUCCGCAGUGUCCUCGUCACUCUGUUUGUGUGCGAGAUGGACAGCUGGGCUCAUGGAAAGGUUUCAUUCAGAAAUAAAACAAGUCAAGACACAUGGUCCUCAGUAAAAAAUUGUGGAUUUUUGCCUGAAUAUGCUGAAGCUUACAUGUAGAAGAUGCAGAGUAUUUACAGUGCAUCGCUUUACUUCAUCUCUAUUCAUGGGAUGUGGGAAUCAAUGCCAUGAAAUGAACGACCUUUCCUCAAGCACAACCUGCUCAUCGACGCCUCCUGCACCAUCGCCGACAACAUGCCAUCAUGUAGCCAAUAUUAACUAGACUUACAAUAUGUUGUAUUACAUGAGCGAGCUAAACCCCAAACCACUGGAAGCUUGGUUAAGUUUUGCCAACCAUGGAUACUUAUUGUAUAUAGUAGAAUAAUGGUAGGUAAGUCGUAUUGUUUGAUAUUUUUUUUUCCGUUGGGCUGGGGGGUGGGAUUGGGUUGUUUCAUUUACACCACUUUUUUUUUUGUUUGCCAGGGGAAAUCUCAAGACCAAAGAACACACAUAAGACUAGACAGUUAAUUCUUCAAAAUGUUUUAUUAUUAUUUUUUGUUUGUGAUGGUCGUCAUGGUUUCAUCUUGUGCCAGGGCCAUGAGCAGCGCCUCACAUCUUAUAAUGGCUCUUUUGAAAUAUUACAUUCACCACCCCCUCUUAUGUCAGUCUAAUAAAUGUUUUACAGAAA